AUGGAUUAUACGAAACCCUUUUGUAUAAUUGAACGGAAAAAAAAUGAUUUUAUUGUUUACCCUACGAAGUUUGUAUAUUUUACUGAUGAAAAAAAUGAAGUACAUCCUUUGUCACAGUCUAUAGGUCCAGUAGAUAAAGUAUCAGCGCGGAACGAAGAAGGAAAAAUAAGACCUAUUCUCAGAAUACUUGUAUGUGGAGAUGAUAUGGAAACUCUAAAGCAAUCUAUACAAAUAGAUAAAAGAUUGAAAGUUAGAAAAAGUCUGUCUAUCGUUGAUGAACCUGAGAGCAAUGGCGCUAAAAAAAGACGAAUCGCAAUUUCAGAGAAACAAGAUGUCAAUUUAAAAAAGAAAAAGAUUAAUCAGGCUACGAAGGAUGUUUACAGUCGAGAGGAUGGCGCUUUUGUAAAUUAUGUAAAGCCGAGAUCUAUUGCCAACAAAACAGUAGACAAGCGAAUAGUCGAACAUAGUGACAAUGAAGAUGACGAUGGUGAAGAAAAUAAUAAUGCUGAUGAACGUUCAAAUAGCAGCCAAAAUGAAGAUGAAGGCUCUAGAAUACUUGAAAAUUUGCAAAAUUUGAGGGCAAGGCAAGAAGAACAAGUUGAGCAGAGUAUUGCAGGAACUAGUCGUCGAAUUGAUGAAAAUAAUUUGGAUGGCCUUGGUGAAUAUGAAUUGUUAUUGGAAGAAACGCUGCCAGUUAUAGAUGCUGAUGACUUGGAUCCUAUUUAUACAUCAUCACCAAUUAUUCCAGAAGAAGAUAAUUCUGCAAUACCUUUAAAUGAUGAUCAGAAUAAAAAUCCAAAUAACGCUGAAAAUGGUUCAACUGAGAAUGGUUCAAAUGAGAAUGAUUCAACUUCAAAUGAUUCAACGUCAAAUAAUCAACCCUUUGAUCAGUUAUUUUCAAAUUUAUGGCCAGAUACAAAUAAUUCAAACGUUGAGCAGGAGAAUCCAACAGUUACUUGUGUAAACAAUGUUUUCAGAGCAUUUUGGCCACUUGAAACCCGAAAAAGAUUGGUUUUAUCAAAUAGAGCGGGAAAGCCUGCUAACAGCAUUACAAUUCAAGAAAAUGAAAUUGAAAAGAUCAAAAAAAUCUGUAAGCUUCUCCAAAAAGGACGUAACUUUGACAAAAAAGAUCCAGAUAAUUGUAUGGAAAAUAUAAGAUCCUGGAUUGAUGCAGUGUUAAAAAAUGAUAGAAGGCCACCACUGACAGAUGAACAAAGAAAAGCCAGGAAUGAAAAAGCAAAGCAGUGGCGAGAACAAAAAAAAUUACCCCCAACAGAAGGAGGUAGCAAUGUAAGCGGCCGAAAAAGACAACGGAAGUCUUCUAAGAGUAAUAAACAAGUCCAGAAAAGUGUUUAA